GGAUAAAAGGCAAAGGAUAUUUAAAAAAGAAAAAAAGAAAAAAAAAAGAAGAAGAAAGGAAGGCAGAAUCCCGUAUUUUGCUUGAAGCCAAUGCUUCCUUCCUUUCCCCUUUGCUUUUCCCCCUCAUAACAAACUCCAUUGCAGCGAUUUCUAUUGAAACAGAAUGAUUACCAUUCCUCAGAACCAUCAGAGAAAAUUCCCCGACGCCGAAGAUUGGAUCUCCGAGUCCAUCAACGGUGGAUCCUUACGCCACGUCGAUCUGCAAACUGGAACCAACGGCUGGGCUUCGCCUCCCGGCGAUCUUUUCUCCAUCCGCUCCAAAAACUACUUCACGAAACGGCAAAAAUCGCCUGCCGGCGAUUAUUUGCUUUUCCCUGCCGGAAUGGACUGGCUGAAAUCAACUUCCAAACUGGAAAACGUUUUGGCGCGUGAAGACAAUCGCGUGUCUUUAUCUCUCCUUCGAGCACAAGCCGAAGGAAAAUCGCUGAAGAGCUUCAUUUUCGCCGUGAAUCUUCAAAUCCCCAGCAAUAUUGACCAAUACAGCGCCGUGUUCUAUUUCGCUACCGAAGAUCCGAUCCCGACUGGUUCGCUUCUCCACCGGUUCAUCCACGAGGACGAUACCUUCAGAAACGAGCGGUUCAAGAUCGUGAACCGGAUCGUGAAUGGACCGUGGAUUGUGAAGAAAACCGUCGGAAAUUACAGCGCCUGUUUGCUCGGAAAGGCGUUAGCGUGCAGUUAUCACAAAGGUACGAAUUACUUUGAGAUCGAUGUCGAUAUCGGGAGCUCGGCGUUGGCAUGCGCGAUUCUGCGAUUGACAUUGCUCUACGUUAAUUCCGUAACGAUCGACAUGGGAUUUCUGGUCGAGGCAGUUACGGAGGAUGAGUUGCCGGAGAGAUUAAUCGGCGCCGUUAGGGUUUCUCAGAUCGAGAUGGAAGCGGCGGCGGUGGUAGAAUCGGUUACUGGACCGCCGCGUCCGUUAGAGAACGGUAAGGUGGAUCAACUGCUGAAGUCGAGCAACGACGAUUCUGAAGAAAAAAUUUGUGAUACAAUAAAUGAAAUUCUUCGGAUUGAAGAUUCUGCAAACGUAAUAAAAGUAUGAAUUCUGCAACAAAACAAAA